UUUUCCCUACCGGUACUUGCAGUGAAUUACUUCCGGUAUAAUACAUCAAGGUGAAGCAAGGUUCUCGGAAAGACAGGAGAGAGAAAUUUGAAGGUAGCGCCUUUCGUGCCCCCAUUUUUCGCAUUCAAUCCAAUUACAUUUUCCAAGUAAUUAGAUCCACAGCAAGAUUCGAAUUGAUUUCCCGCAGUAAGGUUUUUCAAGGUUGUGAAAAUGGUUGUUCUUGCAGCUUCUAUCAUCAGUAAGUCUGGAAAAGCUCUUGUCUCGAGGCAAUUUGUGGACAUGUCCCGCAUACGAAUUGAAGGCCUUCUUGCUGCCUUCCCCAAGUUGGUUGGAACAGGAAAGCAACAUACAUAUGUUGAGACUGAGAAUGUCCGAUAUGUCUACCAGCCGAUAGAAGCUCUCUAUUUGCUUGUUGUUACAAACAAGCAGAGUAAUAUUUUGGAAGACUUGGAGACUCUGAGGAUGCUUUCUAAGCUAUUACCUGAGUAUGCUUAUUCUUUGGAUGAAGAGGGAGUAUGUAAAGCAGCAUUCGAGCUCUUUUUUUCCUUUGAUGAAGUCAUUUCUCUCGGGCACAAGGAAAGUGUCACUGUUGCACAGGUGAAGCAGUACUGUGAGAUGGAAAGUCAUGAAGAGAAGUUGUACAAGCUGGUGCAGGCAAGCAAGAUCAAUGAAACCAAGGAUAUAAUGAAGCGUAAAGCCUUGGAAAUUGAGAAAACAAAGGCUGAAAAGAACAGGGGUGAUAAAGGAGGAUAUAUGUCAUCCAUGGGUUCUGGAAGACUUGAAAGUAGCUUCAAUGACAUGAGCAUAUCUAGCAGUAACAGUGGUUUUAGCAGUAAUGCUGGGUUUGGAAUGCCAACGGACAUGGAUUCAUUCCCUGCAAAGUCAAAAGCUCGUGCACCUGCACCUGUUAGUGCCCCGGCUAAGGGCUUUGGCAUGAAGCUUGGUAAAUCGCAAGGUACAAACAAAUUCUUGGAGUCUUUGAAAGCAGAAGGUGAAAUGAUUGUUGAGGAUGUGCCACCAAUUGCAAGCAAGACUAAGGCUGCUGCUCCCCCACUUACUGAUCCCCUAACAUUGACUGUGGAGGAGAAACUCAACGUGGCACUCAAACGAGACGGAGGGCUCAGUAGCUUUGAUGUUCAAGGGAAUUUAUCACUUCAGAUUUUGGAGGAGAAAGAUGCGUACAUCCAAGUUCAGGUUGAAUCCGGUGGAAAUCCUAAUGUCAUGUUCAAAACGCACCCCAAUAUCAACAAAGAGCUAUAUUCAAAUGAAGGUAUUUUGGGUCUAAAAGAUCCUAAUAGGCCUUUUCCCAGUGGCCAAGGUGAUGGUGUUGCGCUUGUAAGAUGGAGAAUGCAGAGUACAGAUGAAUCAAUUGUUCCAUUGACAAUAAAUUGUUGGCCUUCUGUUUCUGGAAGUGAAACAUAUGUCAACAUCGAGUAUGAAGCUUCAUCAAGGUUUGAUCUACAAAAUGUUGUUAUUUCGGUGCCUCUCCCUGCUCUUAGAGAUGCACCAAAUGUAACACAAAUUGAGGGGGACUGGAGAUAUGAUGCUAGAAAUUCUGUUUUCGAAUGGUCCAUUGUUCUGAUCGAUGACAGUAAUCGCAGUGGGGCUUUGGAGUUUGUUGUACCUGCUGCUGACCCAUCUUCCUUCUUCCCCAUUUCUGUGAGGUUCACUGCUACAAAUACAUUUGGUGAAUUAAAGGUUACCAACAUCUUGCCAUUAAAAGGUGGACCUCCUCCCAAAUUUACUCAGAAAGUCCAGCUCUACACAGAAAACUACCAAGUGGUCUGAUGAAAUCCCUACAUUGGCAUCCUUUAUCCAACGUUUGUACUCGCACUUUUUUAGUAUCUUGACGGAUUUUUGCUUCUUAUGACAUUCGUUUUUGGCAUGUGUAGUAUAUUGUUAAAAAUCAGUUUGAUUGUUUUAGUCAACACUUGUUGAGGAUUCGUCUAUA